AUGAGCGAUAAGGCUGCGUUUGCAUCGGCUGGAGCCUUCGACAAAGACCUCUACUCAGAAGGGAAAGAAGACUACGUGAAGGAAUUACCUGCCGAUGAGAGUAAUGGAGAUAAUGGAAACAAAGCGACGGAAGCGCCCAAGAAGAAAAGGAGAAGGUGGGACGAGACGCCCGUAGCGGCCCCCGUUUCGCAAUGGGACGAUGAUGGAUCGGCCACGCCCGCGGCACCAGCGACCGGUAGUCGCUGGGACGACGCCACUCCCACGGCCACUGCCGAUGCCACCCCCACCGCCAAGAAGCCCAGGCGAAAUCGAUGGGAUGAGACGCCAGUUGCCGCGACGCCGGGUGCCACCCGAGGCGGCUGGGAUGAGACACCGAGGAAGGGCGCAGGAGAGGAGACACCAAGGAAGAGGUCGCGCUGGGAUGAAACGCCCGCCAACGUGCCCAUGGGCGCCGCAACGCCCGUGGGUGUUUCGUUCGACGCCAUGGGGGCCACCCCCGUCGGUAAUUUCGCGAACAUCCAGACCCCUACGCCCGGGCAGCUUCAAUUCAUGACCCCCGAGCAGAUGCACGCGAUGCGCUGGGAGCGCGAUGUGGAUGAGAGGAACAAGCCCCUCACCGACGAGGAGCUCGAUGAGCUGAUGCCCUCGGAGGGGUACAAGAUUCUCGAGCCCCCCGCCUCCUACAAGCCCAUUCGCACACCCGCCCGCAAGAUCGCGUGGACCCCCACCCCGUUGACGGGCGACGGCGGGUUCAUGAUGGCCGAGGAGGACCUCUCGUCGCACGGGACCGUCGACCUCGAGCAGCCCGUCGGCAACCUGCCGGCCAUCAAGCCCGAGGACAAGCCCUACUUCGAGGCCCUCCUGCAGGACGUCAACGAGGAGGAGCUCAGCAUCGAGGAGCAGAAGGAGCGGAAGAUCAUGAAGCUGCUGCUCAAGAUCAAGAACGGCACGCCGCCCAUGAGGAAGCAGGCCCUGCGUCAGAUCACCGACAAGGCGCGCGAGUUCGGCCCGGGUCCGCUCUUCAACCAGAUCCUGCCCCUCCUCAUGUCGCCCACGCUCGAGGACCAGGAGCGGCACCUGCUGGUCAAGGUCAUCGACCGCAUCCUCUACAAGCUCGACGAUCUCGUCCGACCGUUCGUGCACAACAUCCUGGUCGUCAUCGAGCCUCUGCUCAUCGACGAGGACUACUACGCGCGUGUCGAGGGCCGCGAGAUCAUCUCCAACCUCAGCAAGGCCGCCGGUCUGGCCACCAUGAUCGCCACGAUGCGACCCGACAUCGACAACGUCGACGAGUACGUGCGUAACACCACCGCGCGGGCCUUCUCCGUCGUGGCGUCGGCGCUGGGCAUCCCCGCGCUCCUGCCUUUCCUCCGCGCCGUGUGCCAGAGCAAGAAGUCGUGGCAGGCGCGUCACACGGGCAUCAAGAUCGUGCAGCAGAUCGCCAUCCUCAUGGGCUGCGCCAUUCUGCCCCACCUCAAGAGCCUGGUGGACAUCAUCAAGCACGGCCUCGAGGACGAGCAGCAGAAGGUGCGCACCAUCACCGCGUUGUCGAUCGCCGCGCUGGCCGAGGCCGCCACGCCCUACGGUAUCGAGUCGUUCGACGUCGUGCUCAAGCCGCUGUGGUACGGCAUCCGCAAGCACCGCGGCAAGGGUCUCGCGGCCUUCCUGAAGGCCAUCGGCUUCAUCAUCCCGCUGAUGGACGCCGAGUACGCCAACUACUACACCAAGGAGGUGAUGAUCAUCCUCAUCCGCGAGUUCUCGUCGCCCGACGAGGAGAUGAAGAAGAUCGUGCUCAAGGUCGUCAAGCAGUGCGUGGCCACCGAGGGCGUGACCGCGCAGUACGUGCGCGACGAGAUCCUGCCCGAGUUCUUCAAGUGCUUCUGGAUCCGGCGAAUGGCGCUCGACCGCCGCAACUACCGGCAGCUGGUCGACACCACCGUCGAGCUGGCCAACAAGGUGGGUGCCUCGGAGAUCGUCGGCCGGAUCGUGGACGACCUCAAGGACGAGUCGGAGCCCUACCGAAAGAUGGUGAUGGAGACCGUCGACAAGGUCGUCCAGAACAUGGGCUCGUCGGACAUCGACUCGCGCCUCGAGGAGCAGCUCAUCGACGGCAUCCUCUACGCCUUCCAGGAACAGACCUCCGACGACUCGCAGGCCAUCCUCAACGGCUUCGGCACCGUCGUCAACGCGCUCAACCUGCGCUGCAAGGUCUACCUGCCGCAGAUCGCCGGUACGAUCAAGUGGCGCCUCAACAACAAGUCGGCCAAGGUGCGCCAGCAGGCGGCCGACCUCAUCGCGCGCAUCGCGCCGGUGAUGAAGACCUGCGGCGAGGAGAAGCUCAUGGGCCACCUGGGCGUCGUGCUCUACGAGUACCUGGGCGAGGAGUACCCCGAGGUGCUGGGCUCGAUCCUCGGCGGUCUCAAGGCCAUCGUCAACGUGAUCGGCAUGGAGAAGAUGACGCCCCCGAUCAAGGACCUCCUGCCGCGGCUCACCCCGAUCCUCAAGAACCGACACGAGAAGGUGCAGGAGAACUGUAUCGACCUCGUCGGCCGUAUCGCCGACAGGGGCGCCGAGUACGUGGCCGCGCGCGAGUGGAUGCGCAUCUGCUUCGAGCUGCUCGACAUGCUCAAGGCCCACAAGAAGGCCAUCCGCCGCGCCACGGUGAACACCUUCGGCUACAUCGCCAAGGCCAUCGGCCCGCAGGACGUGCUCGCCACGCUGCUCAACAACCUCAAGGUCCAGGAGCGACAGAACCGCGUGUGCACCACCGUCGCCAUCGCCAUCGUCGCCGAGACGUGCCAGCCCUUCACCGUCCUCCCGGCCCUCAUGAACGAGUACCGCGUGCCCGAGCUCAACGUGCAGAACGGCGUGCUCAAGGCCCUCUCCUUCCUCUUCGAGUACAUCGGCGAGAUGGGCAAGGACUACUGCUACGCCGUCACUCCGCUCCUCGAGGACGCCCUCAUGGACCGCGACCUCGUCCACCGACAGACCGCCUGCACCGUCGUCAAGCACAUGGCGCUCGGCGUCCAGGGCCUCUCCUCCGAGGACGCCAUCCUCCACCUGCUCAACUACGUGUGGCCCAACAUUUUCGAGACCUCGCCCCACGUCAUCAACGCCGUCAUGGAGGCCAUCGAGGCCGCCCGCGUCUCGCUCGGACCCUCGCCCGUCAUGCAGUACACCUUCCAGGGCCUCUUCCACCCGGCGCGCAAGGUGCGGACCGUCUACUGGAAGAUCUACAACAUGCUCUACAUCGGCGCCCAGGACGCGCUCAUCCCGGCCUACCCGCGCCUCGAGGACGAGCCCAACAACACCUACCACCGCGCCGAGCUCGACUACUUCCUCUAA